AUGAAUGCUGGCAUCCAGAAUGAGGAUCUGCGGCGGCAAUCCUCCGGUAGCAUGCGGAGGGAAGUAGAGCGGGCGCGGCGCAGAUCUAGUAUUAGGAUGAACCUCAACCUCAAUGACCCCGGGAUCCCUGCCCCAGGAGAGAUGCAGAGGAGUCCGUCAUCGAGGAGUCGAGGCGCACCGUGGCCUCACAGCCCGCACCAUGAGCGCGCGCCGAGCCUGGGAGAGCUGCACCAGGAGCUGGAAUACGAGCAAGAGGGUCAAGUGAACCGCCUCCUGAACAUGAUCCGCCAACAACAGUCCCAAAUCCAACAACUCCAGUCCCAAGGCCCCCACAAUUCCACAUCUGCAGUUGACGACAGCACUCCCACCUCCGAGCGCUCCAUGUCCAUCCCUCAUAUUCCCGUCAACAUCCCCUCGACCUCGCAGACAACCCUGCCCAAUCCCAGCGCCCGCUCCCCUUACAACACAAUGUCCCGCCAGUCCUCCUUCGCCGAGCGCUCGAGAAACAGCUCGCAAGCCGUCUCGCCCGCGCUGCGUCCUACCUCCUCACAUGGCUUUGCCCCGCACGAGAGUACAGAGUUCCUGCCGCCGAGCAGCGUAAGCACAAGGGAUGAGAGCGCAUUCUAUCAGGCGGAGACGCAGAACUUGACGAGGGAGAAUCAGAUGCUCAAGCAGAGGAUACGGGAAACGACAGCUGUCCGAGGCCAAUCCCACGAGCCCCGUCACCCAUUCGCCGGUCACAGCGUCCAACUUGCAUAG